GGAACUACGUUUGAAUUGCGCUGUAUUUCUCGCGCGCAAAUAUUGUAAGUCGUAAAGUAUCUCGAGCGUUAAUUGCGAUAGUACAUGAGAUAAAUAUCCUGUAUCAGAGAAAAUAACAUGUGAAAAACUCAUCGCCGCGUUUUUGGACGGUGAUGCACAAAGGGAUCACUAACAUGUUUACAAGUAUUCCCAUACGUUUUUAGUUCUACAUAAAACAAUGCGUUACGAGAUGAUGUAAAUUGCAAAAUUACAAGAUCGCGAGAAGGAAGAAAGCAAACGUGCAGAUUUUAAUUUAACACAUUGGAACGAAAUGUCGGACAGAAGAAAACGUGCGAGGAUCGACGAUCGACUAUGAUGUGCAAUUGUUAUGUCUGGAACUAGCGAGAAUCGUCUCGGGCGAGUCUCACGGAUACGGAAAAUAUUUUCGGAUAUCCCGUGGAAACGGUAUCUCUGGAAACCGUCGAUAAAAUUUCCCGCGAUUUUCGGGAUUCGAAAGUGUUGAUAAAAAGAAACAAUUUGAACGCGGAGCGAAUUCUUCGCUGAUGUGCCUUACUGUUUUUCAAGAAAAUUGUACGUACACGCAAAAUGCAAUGACACGCACGGAGGCGGACGAAUCUCAAUGGUCUUACUGUUUUGUCGGCUAUCAAGAUGCUUUCUACUCGUCUCUCCAGCAGCGGGGAGAUAGCAGCAGUGGUGGUGAGACAGUAGGCGUAGAGAGAGGUGAAGGAGUGAUUGCCAUGACUACGACGGGAGCCCAGUACGCUCUCGCAGCAGCAUCCACCGGGGCUAACAACAGUGGGGGUGGCUCAACGGCAGUAGGGGUGGAUUCCAAGCCAAGCGUGGUUGUCGUGACUACUACUUCCAGUUCUAGCGGUGGUGGUAAUGGUGCACAGACUCAGUCAGGCAGAGGCCAGCAGCUUAUCACAGUCGUGACAAGCCCAGAUCCCUCCAGUCCAAGCAAUCUGCAACCUAUCCAGUUAUUGGUUCAGGAUCCACUUGAAACAGCUGCAGAUUCUUCCAACGGCUCGGCAGGUACACCGUCACAUGUUACAGCACAAGUAGUGGUUAAUACUACUCAUUCAAACCAGCACACAUUAGUGGAUUCUGACGCCGCAUCUACAUCGGCCGGUACUAUUGUCAGUGAUUCACCGCACUACAUAACAGUCACAGGCACCAGUGAUACAACAUCCUACGCGUCCCUCACAUCGGCUGUAGUGUCUGGUGACGGAGAGGCAGUGGGGUCCGAAUCAGUAUCUCAUCCAACUUAUGUUCAGUAUGUUGAAGGGGAUGGGUCCACGUAUAUACCGACAAAUGGCCAGAUGACAUAUCCUGUUUAUGCUGUCGGAGAAGCAGGAACGAUGUACACACCGGCUUCCGGUCAGUACUACACUCCGGCAACAACACCAGUAACAUAUGCGCAGGGCUCAAAUUCGACUACCGGACAAUUAUUAUCACAGGGGAACGGCACGUACUUGAUCCAGCAGAGCGUGGUGGAUGGAGACCCGACCACUCAAGCACUCAUAUCUGCGGCUGCUGCGGCGCGCACUAGCCCGCAAGAGGAAGCGGCGGAAGCUGUGGUUAGCGGGGGUGGCGGGGCAUACUUGAUCAGCGGUAAUUCUGGAGGUACCAAUGUCACCGUGGAGGAGGCUGCAGCGGCCGCGGCUGCAAAUAUGACGCAUGCCACUAGAGUCUCCCAAGCCACCAUGCAGUGGUUGUUGGAAAAUUACGAAAAUGCUGACGGUGUUUCUCUUCCAAGAUCAACUCUUUAUAAUCAUUAUAUACGACAUUGUACUGAAAAUAAAUUGGAUCCUGUGAACGCGGCCAGUUUUGGAAAGUUGAUACGCACUGUGUUUAUGGGCUUGAGAACUAGACGUUUAGGAACAAGGGGAAAUUCAAAGUAUCAUUAUUAUGGGAUUCGCAUCAAACCAAAUUCACCUCUGAUCAUGUUGAACGAGGAUGGUACACCGAAGCAGCAGCAGAGCGCGAACUCUCAAACUAAGCGUUACAAAUUCUCUAAUCAAAAGCAAGAAUCAUCUUAUGAAAAUAACAAUACGCAUGCUAAUGCAAAUAUCUCUACCAAUUCCUCGCCGCCGCAUUAUCAUCAGUAUCUCGGUGAAGCGAGUGGUGCUAUUCCUGAUUUUCCGGAAAUCUUUAUCAGUCACGAUUCGACACUGCCAGAGGAUUGCACGCUCGAGGACAUCGAUACGUUUCGCAGCAUAUACAGAGAGCAUUGCGAAGCGUUUUUGGACGCGGUGUUGAAUUUCGAAUUUGCCACGGUAGAGAGCCUCUGGAGAGAAUUCUGGCGCAGCCAGGACAAUAAUAACGGUGACGAGUGCGAAGAAGAGAAGUAUUUAUCAAAAACCAAACUAUAUCAGAUGUGUAAGUGUACGGGAGUACAAGAUUUUAUCAAAAAGGUUGACUUUACGUUCUAUCAGAAUCUAGUUGAAGUAUUAAUACCUAAUGUAUUGCGACCAAUACCAAGUUCUUUAACGCAGUCUAUUCGAAAUUUUGCAAAAGGACUAGAAUCUUGGUUACAAUCAGCUAUGGCCGACUGUCCUGAAGAAAUGACACAAAUUAAGUUGACUGCAGUGUCAGCUUUUGCUCAAACUUUAAGGCGUUACACGUCAUUAAACCAUCUUGCGCAAGCUGCGCGUGCAGUACUUCAAAAUUCGAAUCAGAUAAGUCAAAUGUUGGCCGACUUGAAUCGCGUUGACUUUCAUAACGUACAAGAACAAGCGUCUUGGGUGUGUCAGUGUGAUUAUGGGAUGGUAGAACGUUUGGAGACGGAUUUUAAAGCAACGUUGCAGCAACAAAAUUCUCUGGAGGAUUGGGCGAUUUGGUUGAAGGGUGUUGUGACGCAAGUGCUAAAACCAUUUGAGGAAAAACCUACGUUUGCUAAAGCUGCGCGUCAGUUUUUACUCAAGUGGUCCUUUUAUAGCUCAAUGGUUAUCCGAGAUCUCACUUUGCGAAGCGCAGCCAGUUUCGGAUCUUUUCACCUUAUAAGAUUACUUUAUGAUGAAUACAUGUUUUAUUUAAUAGAGCAUCAAGUCGCGAUUGCAACUGGCACAACGCCGAUAGCUGUAAUGGGAGAUAAAAGUCAAAACUGCUCUUUGAUCAGCAAUUUUGGGACAACGUCUAACGGAGAUACAUCUGAUGCGAACCAACAGAAACGUAUGAAGCUAAGCUAACUGCGUGCCUACGCCCUUUAGUUUUGUGAGUAAACCGGUUAGUGUACGAAAGUACGAAUGCUAGCACGAAAGCAUGCAGGCCUACACUAUAUGCUGUUCCAUGAGAAAAUAAUCUCAAUUGUUUUAUUUCCGAUAUUAUUCAUCACUGAGAAUUGUGAAUAAACAAACUACAAUAAACAAACGCAUUUAUGUCGGUGCAUAUCUACGAUACGACAAACGAAUUCUCUUUUUCUCUGAGAUAUGUCCUUGUAAUUAUCUUACAGAUCUGCUUUUCUUUACUGUCAAAAGUGCACAAAGAUCGUAAAGGAUUAUUUUCUCACGAAACGGUGUAUACAAAGAACAUACUAGUCUCGUAAAUUAUUAUUUUGUAUAACGUAAAAUUAUAAUUACGAUUUAUAAAAAAAAAAGAAGAGAAUUUUUGCAUAACGCCCAUGAUGUAUACAAUUUAAGUAAGUCUGUGUGAUAUAAGAUAUAUAAUAAUAAAGAGGUAUUGUGUAUUCCGCAAAGCUCUUGCCUCAUAAUACAGAUGCGGUGCAGAAUUAAGGUAUCGCUGGCACGAUGUUUAGUACGUUAAUCGAAUGUAUGUCGAAUCUAGUCGAAACACAUCUUUGGGGAAAAGAGAAAAAAAAACGUAUAUACGGGACCAUGAAUUUAUCAUGCCCUCGCUAGAAAAAUAAUGUGAAGCCCACUUGAUUGUGUUUUCAUAUUUAUUAUAUUUAUUAUUUUAUGUACAGAUGCAUUUACUGAAAUGUGAAUAGUUCUACUUUUCUACAUGUAAAAGAUUCGGAUGUAAAAAAACGGCAUAAUACAUAUCAAAUGUUACUUAUUCCGGCUUUACACCCGAAUCUCUCGUGU